UACCGGGUCGGGCAAAGGUUAAAGGGCAGCCUCCUGGUUGGAGAGCACCGACGUAGAGCAAUGGCCGCGUCUGGGGAACCCGGGAGGCAGUGGCAGGAGCAGGUGGCGGCGGCAGUGGUGGUGGUGGGCUCCUGCAUGACCGACCUGGUCAGCCUUACUUCUCGUUUGCCAAAAACUGGAGAAACCAUCCAUGGACAGAAGUUUUUUAUCGGCUUUGGAGGGAAAGGUGCCAACCAGUGUGUCCAGGCUGCCAGGCUCGGAGCCAAGACAUCCAUGGUGGGCAAGGUUGGCAAAGAUUCCUUUGGCAAUGAUUAUAUAGAAAACUUAAAACAGAAUGAUAUUUCUACAGAAUUUACAUAUCAGACGGAAGAUGCUGCGACAGGAACUGCUUCGAUAAUUGUCAAUAAUGAAGGCCAGAAUAUCAUCGUUAUAGUGGCUGGGGCAAAUUUACUUUUGAAUACUGAAGACCUGAGGGAAGCAGCCAGGACCAUCAGCAGAGCCAAAGUAAUGAUCUGCCAGCUAGAAGUAACUCCAGCAACUUCUUUGGAAGCCCUGACAAUAGCCCACAGCAAUGGAGUGAAAACACUGUUCAACCCAGCACCAGCCAUUGCCGACCUGGACCCCCGGUUCUACACCCUCUCGGAUGUGUUCUGCUGCAAUGAAAGCGAGGCUGAGAUUCUGACCGGCCUUGAGGUCCGCAGCCCCGAGGAUGCCGGGCAGGCUGCGCAGGUGCUCCUGGAAAGGGGCUGCUGUAUUGUGAUCAUCACCCUAGGGGCUGAAGGGUGUGUGAUGCUGUCACGGACAGAACCCGUCCCGAAACACAUUCCCACAGAGAAAGUCAAGGCUGUGGAUACUACGGAAGAGGAAUAGUUGAGGGAUCGGAAGACGUGAUGAAGGAGGACCUCUAUGUUCUACUCCAAGUUUUUCUUUAUUGUUUGUGUUUUUUCCAUAAACCUGUAUUUUUCAUGUAUUACUUUAAAAUUUGGAGUAAAUAUGACUUUGGGACACAGCAAAAAACUACUGGAGCCACAUCUAGUAAAAUAGUGAUACCAUUUCUCAAAGAGCAAACUAGGCGUUCGUCUCUCAAAGGAGCCACAGUGGCUGCAGUUCACUCUUGGUCUCAUAAAGAACCUCGCAACAUCCCCAAAUCUCUGUAUCUGUGGGCUGAGCGGCCCUUUGACUUAGGACGACCUCUGAAUGGGCAGUCCUGAGGCCAAAGAAGGAGGUCAGCAUGGCCUUGACAUCCACAGCACUUGAGCCUCCUCAAGUCUGGAUAUCUUGCUACACUCUUGGGACAGUUUUUUUUCUUAAUCUUUCUUAAGAAACAAUUUCCCUCAAAAACAUGUUAUUUUAUACAGUUGCCUUUGGAAAUAUCAGAAUAAAUGUCAAAGCUGCACUGUUUCUGUUCA